GGGAUCCCACGGCUGCGGCGACGGCGGCCGCGGUAGAGCCGCGGGUCGGUCUCAGCUCGGCGUGACGGCGACCGCGGCGGUGGCGUGGGCGGUGGCGGCCACGACCAGGUCAGCAUCCUGACCGAGCAUGGUGACAUCCAGUGCCCUCGGGCCCCUCGUCUGGCGCAGCUGGAAGAGCCGCCAGUCUCGGGCACCGAUGGCCCCCCAUGUAAAGGAGUGAGCAGCCUGGCCUGGCCCUACUGACUGGGGGGGGAACGCAGCGGCUGAGUGACCUGAGAUCACGCUGCCGACCCCCUCCCACCGAUUGGCGAAUGGUGGACAGAGCAAUGAGUGACCCUUAUCAGGGUCAUGGUAUAAUGGGGAGCAAGGCCUGAUCUGCCUCCAGAGUCACCUACCAUUGGGAAUAGAGGUCUGAGUAUCCUAAGCCAACCCAGUGGACUCCCCCGGCCCCCUGCCCCUACUGAUGGGGCCACUGGGGCCCCAAGCAACCACCUAACCAUCUAGCAACCCCACCCUGCCUAGCUAUGGCUGGCCCUGAGGGCUUCCAGUACCGUGCGCUCUACCCAUUCCGCCGGGAGCGGCCAGAGGACCUGGAGCUGCUGCCCGGUGAUGUGCUGGUGGUGAGCCGGGCAGCCCUACAGGCCCUGGGGGUGUCUGAGGGCAGUGAGCGCUGCCCACAGAACGUGGGCUGGAUGCCCGGUCUCAAUGAGCGCACACGGCAGCGAGGCGACUUCCCUGGCACCUACGUCGAGUUCCUGGGGCCUGUAGCUCUGGCCAGGCCUGGCCCUCGUCCCCGUGGCCCCCGCCCACUGCCUGCUAGGCCCCGAGAUGGGCCCCCCGAGCCAGGUCUCAUACUCCCUGACCUGCCUGAGCAGUUCUCCCCACCUGAUGUGGCACCCCCACUCCUAGUGAAGCUUGUGGAGGCCAUUGAGCGGACAGGACUUGACAGCGAAUCCCUGUACAGACCGGAGCUGCCUGCCCCACGCACAGAUUGGACCCUGAGUGAUCUGGAGCAGUGGGAUGUGGCAGCCCUCUCAGACUGCAUCAAGAGCUUCCUGCUGGCACUUCCCACGCCCCUCCUGACACCCGAAGCUGUGGCUGAGGCUCACCGGGUCCUUCGGGAGUCCUCAGGGCCAGUGGGGCCAGCACUGGAGCCCCCUACGCUGACCCUGCACCAUGCCCUCACGCUGCGCUUCCUGCUUCAGCACCUGGGCCGGGUAGCCAGGCGAUCCUCAUCCCCAAACCUGGCCCUGCGAGCCCUGGGCGCCACCUUCGGGCCGCUGCUGCUGCAGGCCCCACCACCACCAACAGGGGGCGCACCAGAUGGGACUGAGCCGAGCCCCGACUUCCCUGUGUUGCUGGUGGAGAAGUUGCUUCAAGAACAUCUGGAGGAACAGGAGGUCGCGCCCCCAGCACUGCCGCCUAAACCCCCGAAGGCAAAGCCAGCCCCCCAAGUCCUCACCAAUGGGGGAAGCCCGCCCUCCCUGCAGGAUGCCGAGUGGUACUGGGGUGACAUCUCCAGGGAGGAGGUAAAUGAGAAACUCCGGGACACACCUGAUGGCACCUUCCUGGUCCGAGAUGCAUCCAGUAAGAUCCAGGGGGAGUACACGCUGACCCUCAGGAAAGGUGGGAACAACAAGCUGAUCAAGGUCUUCCAUCGAGAUGGGCACUACGGCUUCUCGGAACCCCUCACCUUCUGCUCCGUGGUGGACCUCAUCACCCACUACCGCCACGAGUCGCUGGCCCAGUACAACGCCAAACUGGACACACGACUGCUGUAUCCCGUGUCCAAGUACCAGCAGGACCAGAUCGUCAAGGAGGACAGUGUGGAGGCAGUGGGCGCCCAGCUCAAAGUCUACCACCAGCAGUACCAGGACAAGAGCCGCGAGUAUGACCAGCUCUACGAGGAGUACACGCGCACCUCCCAGGAACUGCAGAUGAAGCGCACAGCAAUCGAGGCCUUUAAUGAGACCAUCAAGAUCUUUGAAGAGCAGGGCCAGACUCAAGAGAAGUGCAGCAAGGAGUAUCUGGAACGCUUUCGGCGUGAGGGCAAUGAGAAAGAGAUGCAGAGGAUCCUGCUGAACUCGGAGCGGCUCAAGUCCCGCAUUGCUGAGAUCCAUGAGAGCCGCACCAAGCUGGAGCAGGAGCUGCGGGCACAGGCCUCAGACAACCGGGAGAUCGACAAGCGCAUGAAUAGCCUCAAGCCGGACCUCAUGCAGCUACGCAAAAUCCGAGACCAGUACCUCGUGUGGCUCACCCAGAAAGGUGCCCGGCAGAAGAAAAUCAAUGAGUGGUUGGGGAUCAAAAAUGAGACUGAAGACCAGUAUGCACUGAUGGAGGACGAGGACGACCUUCCCCACCACGAGGAGCGCACGUGGUAUGUGGGCAAGAUCAACCGCACCCAGGCUGAGGAAAUGCUGAGUGGGAAGCGGGAUGGCACCUUCCUCAUCCGUGAGAGCAGCCAGCGGGGCUGCUACGCCUGCUCUGUGGUGGUGGACGGCGACACCAAGCACUGCGUCAUCUACCGCACAGCCACGGGCUUCGGCUUCGCGGAGCCCUACAACCUGUACGGGUCGCUGAAGGAGCUGGUGCUGCACUACCAGCACGCCUCGCUGGUGCAGCACAACGACGCCCUCACCGUGACCCUGGCCCACCCCGUGCGCGCCCCUGGCCCCGGGCCCCCGCCCGCCACCCGCUGACCAGCUCACCCCCGAGGCCAGCCGUGUCUCCACCUCCGUCUGUUCAUCUGUCCUCUUCACCCGGCUUUCCCCGUCUCUUUUUCCUCUCCAGCUUCCUUUUCGGAAUCUCUUGUCUUUUCUCUUUUUCUCUCCAGCUCUCUCUGUAACUACCUUCCUUUCGUUUCUUCUCUACGCCUGCCUGCCUGUCUCUCUCUGUAUCCCCACCUCCCUCUCUUCUCUGUCUCAGUUUCUCUUGAGCUCUGUGUCCUUUUCUCUCCUUCCCUUUCUUGAUUUCUGUCCUGUCUCCGUGUUGGGGGUCCCACCUCUCCUACCCCCGGCCUCCUCCCCCAUGGGCACUGCCGUUCCCUCAGCCGCCCGACUCUGCACUGCCCACCGCAGGCCCCGGGCUUCCUGGAGUCCCACCUGGCUGCAUCCACCAUGUUUACAGGGGCCCCUGGGCUGGUGGCCCCAGCCUGGGUGCCCCAAUUUUUAAGCCAUAGACCAGGGGUCUGGGCAGGAAGGAACUUCACUCAGCUGCUUCCAAGAGCUUCUGCUUGACAUUCGGGGCCGGGCGGGACCCGCCCCACAGACCCCAACUUCCCCUCCAAACCCCGAAGUGAAACCUGCCGCUGGGUUAUCCCCCAGUUGCUGAGAAUUCCCCCAGAAAGAGAACAGAAAUAAACCAGUGGGCUGACCUGGCCUUCCCCGGCCCCCCAAGUGGAGGACGAACCACGCCGGUGCCUGUGGCCACGCCACGCAGAGUCCGCGCUUUUCACCCUCGUCGGGUUUGGGUUUUACUUUUCCUUGACUGUAAAGCCCUUUCUUCUCUCCUCUUUUGGGAUGAGAGCCUGGUUUUCUACAGCGCCCCCAGACACCCCCCCCCCCAUCCCUUGCCAGGCCAGGCUGGCAGGCGGAUUUUGUAUGGUACGUUGAUAUUGAUACGGAUAUAAACAUCAGACGCAGUACGACGUUGACUGCAGUGGCUGAUUUUCUUGGCGACGGUGGGACUGGUCUGUCACUGUGGGUCCUGGGUCUCCUGCGCUCCUGUGGACUGAGCUGGGGAUUCUGCUCCAGGCCACUGAGGAAGGCUAACGCCCCUCACCCCCAUUUUAGCUGCUGGAGUCCUGAGGUUGAGAAAGCUGCUGGAGGUCAGAGAGCAGCCCUCAGCUGCCAGCUGGACCCUGCCCUCCCCUCUGCCAGUGGGGAUCUCUGGUUACCUUUCCUGUGCCUCCCAGAGGAGCACCCUGGCCUUGCUGUCCUCAGUGCCAACCCCUACUCUGACCCCCUCCGUAUCUCGCCUGCCACCACUGGGGCCUUGAGCUGAGUGCCCACCAUGACUUUGACCCAGGCUGCCUACCAUCCUCCCAAUCCAAGCUACUGGUCCUCUGCCCUCCACUCUUCCCGCACAGCACUAGCCUGCCUCUGGCCAACCCAUUGCCCCUGGGAAAUGCAGCUGCCCCUGACCUGUUUCUUCUGCUAGGCCCACAGCUACAGGAACUUACGGGUCCUUCAGCCUCCCCAAGCACUGUGCCCACUGCAUGUCCAGGCAGGCGUUCCCCUGGAAGCGAGGAGCCUCAAGCAGCCCACCCUGUGGUGUGAACAGACAUGAGGAAGGUCACUGGGCCCAUGGCCCCAAGCUGCUGACCCUGGGCACUAGCACUAACAGCACUCCAAACUCUUGUGUUCUCUCAGAGUCAUUGUUUUCCGUAUCA